CCGCGCCGAGCCCCGGGACAAUGGGACCGCGGCGGCUGCUGCUGGUCGCCGCGGGACUCAGCCUGUGCGGCCCCCAGCUCUGCGCCCGCGCCCCGGGCCGACAGCGAGAGUCAAAAGCAACAAAUGCAACUGUGGAUCCCCGGUCAUUUAGUCUCAGGCAUUCCAAUGACAGAUAUGAACCAUUCCCCAUGGGGGAAUAUGAGGAGGAAAAUGAAAGUGGGUUAACUGAAGACAGAUUCAACCCCAUCAACAAAAGUAGUCCUCUUCCAAAACUGCCACCUGUGUUCAUCUCGGAAGAUGUCUCGGGAUACCUGACCAGCGCCUGGUUGACUCUCUUUAUCCCUUCUGUCUACACCGGCGUGUUUUUAGUCAGCCUUCCUCUCAAUGUCAUGGCCAUCAUUGUGUUCAUCUUGAAAAUGAAGGUCAAGAAGCCUGCUGUGGUAUACAUGUUGCACCUGGCCAUGGCCGAUGUGCUCUUUGUGUCUGUACUCCCAUUUAAGAUCAGCUAUUACUUUUCUGGAAUGGAUUGGGUAUUCGGGUCUGAAAUGUGUCGCUUUGUCACGGCCGCGUUUUACUGUAACAUGUAUGCAUCCAUCAUGCUCAUGACCGUCAUAAGCAUUGACCGGUUCCUGGCUGUGGUGUAUCCCAUUGAGUCCCUCUCCUGGCGUACUUUGGGACGGGCCUCCUUCACUUGCCUAGCCAUUUGGGGGAUGGCCAUAGCUGGGGUGUUACCUCUUCUCCUCAAGGAGCAAACCACCCAGGUGCCGGGGCUCAACAUAACCACCUGUCAUGACGUGCUCAAUGAGACCCUGCUUGAAGGCUAUUAUGCAUAUUACUUCUCAACCUUCUCUGCUUUCUUCUUUUUUGUGCCCUUGAUCAUUUCCACAGUCUGUUAUGUGUCUAUCAUUCGAUGUCUUAGCUCUUCCACGGUUGCCACCCGGAGCAAAAAAUCCCGAGCUUUGUUCCUGUCGGCGGCUGUUUUCUGUAUCUUCAUCAUUUGCUUUGGGCCCACAAAUGUCCUUCUGAUUCUGCAUUACUCAUUCCUUUCUCAGGAUUCCACCACAGAGGCCGCCUACUUUGCUUAUCUCCUCUGUGUCUGUGUCAGCAGCAUAAGCUGUUGCAUUGACCCCUUGGUUUACUAUUAUGCUUCCUCUGACUGCCAGAGGUACCUCUACAGUAUCUUAUGCUGUAAAGAGAGUGCUGAUCCCAGCAGUUACAACAGCAGCGGGCAGCUGAUGGCAAGUAAAAUGGAUACCUGCUCUAGUAACCUGAAUAACAGCAUAUACAAGAAGCUGUUAACUUAGAGAAAGGGGGCUGCUGCUGACUUAAAAAGAUAAGGUAAAAGAGCAAAUAACCUGAGGAUUCUAUUAACUAUCCCCCCAAAGUAUGGGCUUUACCAUCUAAAAACAACAAAUAUAUUAUUGCAUACCUCCUUCUUAUAAGGGCCAUUAAAGUAUAUAUAUUUGUUAGUUACAGAAAAAUGGAACAGGAAUAAGAAAAGAGUAUUGCCAAUGCCGCAUGAUAAUGAAGGUCACGUUCUGAUAUAUUUAGGUGAUGUGUGUGUAUCUUAUGCUGUGUGUCUCUUAUGUUACAUAGAUGUGUCUACACACAGAUAUCAUUUGCAGAGUGGUAUGGAAUAGGCACUUUGAAACCCCUUUCUCCUCUCUCCCUCUAGUGAUGGUGGAAAUAAACUCCAAUUCUCUGAUUUAAUAAUCAAGAUUUGGGUCUAUGGGCUUUAGCCCUGAACAUCAGAAGAUAUCCAUCAAUUGUGAGCGGUUCUACAGUUUGGACUUAGCUUAUGUACAUCACUGUACUUUGAAGUGACGCAACAGCAAUGUUUACGUUAUUGAGGGUUAAGAUUUAGUACUGUGUAGAAAAGUCUUACUGUUUUUUCAUUUCAAAAUAUCAAAGUAUGACACCUCAACAUUAUGAAAAUAGACUGCAUGGUAGCAUUUUUGAUGUUUUACAUGCUGUGUGUAUAAACUAAGCGUGAGGCUGCCACUGGAGAGCUGCAGUUGGUUUUCACAGUAACCUGCCCCUGGUGGAGGACUAUGACUGAGCAGUGGCUACAAGGCAGGGCCAUCUUAUACAGGGGUUGGCCAGAAACCCUCCAGCCAAGGAGCAGAGGAAUGGGUCCUCACCACAUCUGCUCUUUCUUCCUGAGAUUCCCUCAAGAGUUCACUGGAUUGAUCACGUUUAUUAGAAUGUAGUAAAGCAGUGUGUGCUACCCCAGGAAAUAAAGACUGUAAGACUUCUCUGCCUAGUUUAAGACUGGAGGAAAAAGGCAUGCUCUUCCAGCAGUUACCCUGCAUGAUCCCUGCUCAAAUGGAAACCCUUGGAGCAAACACGAAGUCCUACUGUGUGCCUUGUGCUCUCUGGUGAGUGCUGGCUUACAAAGUUGAAUAAUACUGAGACCUGCCCUCAAGAACAAAGUAGACUGAUACAUAGAGUGUGAUAUGGGUAGAAAAAAUGUCGUUAUAUAAAAAAGUGCUUUUAGCCAUAUGUCACCAAGCAUGUUCACACAGGCAAGGCCUGUUAGUUGAAGAACUUUGAACAUUUAUGUUACUGCUUUCUGUGGUUUAAUUUGAAGUAAAAAUAUAAAACAAGAAGUAUAUCUUUAAAAAUACAUCUUUCAAUUUGCAUUAAUUGCAAUCUUCAUAAAUUUUUUUUACAAAAUUAAAUAAGAUGUCAGUCUGAUUGGACGUAAUAGAAGAAAAUGAAACUGACUUUGAAGUUUAGGAAAAUAUUUUUAUAUUUAUUCACUUUUCUUAAGAGUUCAUGAGAUGAUUAUAAAAGCAUUUUUAACCCCAUAACAAGUUUCAAGUACAGAAAUCCUCAUGUAUUUCACAAAAUAAUUUGAAAUUUAGGUUGAAAUGUACUUUUUUUCCCUUAUGAAAAAAUACUGGCAUUUUAAACAGACAAUAAUAGUGGACAGUUGCAAGGCAAAUGUUUACUUAUUUAAAAGAGGAAAUAUUCCAAAUGCUAUAAUUCAUAUGAAAGCAUGUAUUCUAAGUAGAGGCUAGCAUUGAUUGUAUUAAUUUAGUCACUGUAUUUUAUUCAACUCAGUGGAGCUUUACUGUCAUUGUUUAUUCAGUCUCUAUAUAUUUAAAUACCUCUGACUUAAUAUGACUAUCACUACUGUACUAUCAGUUUGUACUUACAAAAUAUUAUGUCACUGUUUUUAUGUUUUUUUUUAAAGAAAUUUAUGUAACCUAUAUUAAUAAACAUGAAAAAUUGC